AUGAAGCAAAAGACACUGCAUUCACAUCCAGAGACUAUCACUACACCUUGGGUGGUGCAUAUGGCUACUAUUAUAGCAAAUCUAUGUCCCAACAUGUCAGCAAUACCACGUAAUGGUGCAUUGAAUCCAAAAACUUUUGAUUAUGAGUUGAUUAUGAAACAUCUCAAUGACCAAUUUAUCACAAAUCUUGGUAUCUCUUAUUAG